GGCGGCGGCGCGGGUCUCCCCGGCGGCGUCCGCGGCGCGCUGGGAAUCCGCUGCGGAGUGAGUUCGCCUCGCCCCGUUCGCUUCCAUCCCUUUCUCCCGUCGGCUCUGGAUCCCGAGCGGGGUGUGGCGAAGUGACCACACCCCUGUGGCUCCACCUCUUUCUCCCUGUAUUUCCCCGAAUCUUGUCCCAGCCCGGGGAGGCUCCGGCUUGCGCUGCAGCCUCUGGGAGCGGGACCCGGGACCGGCCUGCCCUUUUCCGAGGAAGUGAAGGCGGGAAGGAACAGUACUGGAAGGGAACGAGGUCUUCCCAGCGGGUGCCUGGCCCCUUUUGAGUGGCUUUGUUCUUUCAGCUUGUAAUAGAGACGUGCCUGGCCUGGAGCCCAGGUCUGGUCCUUGCAUGCUGUGUGACCUUGGGCGAGUCACUCCCCCUCUCUGGGCUUUAGUUUUCCCUAUUUAAAGCUUACUCCAAUGCAAAAAAAUCUAAUUUUGGAGAAAAACUAACGCAAUUACAAUACCGGCCUGGUUACUGAGGCCGCUUAGCCAAGAUGACCCGGAGUUGACCGAACUUUCCUCCUUCAAUCAUGGGUGAAACAGGGCGACCUGUUUAUUGGAUCGCUUUUAUUCCUUUGCCAUUGGUUACAAACUGCAUGACUCAGGGUUCCUGGAUAUUUUUCUAGAAUUGUCUUGGGGUCCUUGACCUAGUUCCCAGACAUCGUUUUAAAAACGUGAGACAGGGUGAGUGAGCUUGUGGAAACAGUUGCUGUCUCGCUGCUACUGAGGCUUUCUUUCCUUUAAUCCAGAUGGUGUGGUGGCUCGAUUCUCCCAGUGCCUGGCUGAGUUUCGGACGUGGUUAAGAACCAACUGGUUGAGGUUCAAUGCAGACAAGACGGAUGUGAUGCUGUGUUGGACAACUGCUAAUGGGCCAAUAAUUUCCAGAAUUUGGGUGAGAUAUAACAUCAGCAAUUAGAAAAUGUGCAUCAGAUGUUUAUGUUUAAUUGGUUUACAGACUGUCUGUGGACUCUUUUCCUGUCAAAUUACCAGCCAUCUGUUGAGUCUUCGAGUCCAGGAGGUUCAGCAGCAUCAGAUGACCAUGAAUUUGAUCCAUCAGCUGACAUGCUGGUUCAUGAUUUUGAUGAUGAACGAACAUUAGAAGAGGAAGAAAUGAUGGAAGGAGAAACAAACUUCAGUUCUGAAAUAGAGGAUCUUGCAAGGGAAGGCGACAUGCCAAUUCAUGAACUUCUCAGCCUUUAUGGUUAUGAUAGUACUGUUCGACUACCUGAAGAAGAUGAGGAGGAAGAAGAGGAGGAAGAAGAAGGUGAAGAUGACGAAGAUGCUGACAAUGAUGAUAACAGCGGCUGUAGUGGGGAAAAUAAAGAAGAGAACAUAAAGGAUUCAUCAGGUCAGGAGGAUGAAACUCAGUCUUCCAACGAUGAUCCGUCACAAUCUGUUGCUUCUCAGGAUGCUCAAGAAAUUAUCCGCCCACGUCGAUGUAAAUAUUUUGAUACAAAUAGUGAAAUAGAAGAAGAAUCUGAAGAAGAUGAAGAUUAUAUUCCAUCAGAAGAUUGGAAAAAGGAGAUUAUGGUGGGGUCCAUGUAUCAAGCAGAGAUUCCAGUUGGCAUUUGUAGAUACAAAGAAAAUGAAAAAGUAUAUGAAAAUGAUGAUCAGCUCCUGUGGGACCCUGAAUACUUACCAGAAGAUAAAGUCAUUGUGUUUCUUAAGGAUGCAUCUAGAAGAACUGGUGAUGAGAAAGGUGUAGAAGCAAUUCCCGAAGGAUCUCAUAUAAAAGACAAUGAACAGGCUUUAUAUGAAUUGGUUAAAUGCAAUUUCGAUACAGAAGAAGCACUGAGAAGAUUAAGAUUUAAUGUAAAAGCAGCUAGAGAGGAAUUAUCUGUUUGGACAGAGGAAGAGUGUAGAAAUUUUGAACAAGGGCUGAAGGCCUAUGGAAAAGAUUUUCACUUAAUUCAGGCUAAUAAAGUGAGAACACGGUCAGUGGGUGAGUGUGUAGCAUUCUACUACAUGUGGAAAAAAUCUGAACGUUAUGAUUUCUUUGCUCAGCAAACACGAUUUGGAAAAAAGAAAUACAAUCUUCAUCCUGGUGUAACGGAUUACAUGGAUCGUCUUCUUGAUGAAAGUGAAAGCGCUGCUUCUAGUCGAGCACCAUCCCCUCCCCCAACUGCCUCAAACAGUAGUAACAGCCAGUCUGAGAAAGAAGAUGGCACUAUAAGCAAUAAUAAUCAAAAUGGAGUGUCAUCUAAUGGACCAGGUGAAAUAUUAAACAAAGAAGAAAUAAAGGUUGAAGGGUUACAUGUUAACGGACCAACAGGUGGAAAUAAGAAACCACUUCAUGCAGAUAUGGAUACUAAUGGUUAUGAAACAGAUAACCUUACCACUGACCCAAAACUUGGCCAUAUGACUGCAAGACAUGAAAAUGAUUUUGAUGAAAAAAGUGAAAGACCUGCCAAAAGACGAAGAGUAAACAGCAGUGGAAAAGAAAGUCCUGGUUCCUCUGAAUUUUUCCAAGAAACAGUCUCACACGGAAAAUUUGAAGGACUUGAAAACACAGAUGACUAAAUUUUACAACUGUUUUACUUUCUUUGGAGUAAAUUCUGAUAUGACUACAAUUUUCAGGGUUGAUGGGUUAACCUUAAAAAAAUUGAUUUUCUUGAAGCAGUGGGUAAAAAUUCAAAAAUUUGAUUUGAGUCCUAACUUCAGGAAAUAAGACUUAGUAAUUCUACUUUUGCAGGUUCUUUUACUUUAAAACUGUCAAAGACCCUUUUAACAAGAUAAAAACUGGCUCAGUAAAUUUAAUCUAAAGACAUAUCUGUACCUUCUCAUUUGAGGUAUUAAUUAUUAAAAUUCACUACAAGGUAAUUUUUCCUUAGUGUGAUAUGGAGGAAUUUCAAAAAUCAAGUUCACAUUUCUCCUUUAACACCAGUUUUUCUGAUUUUCUUGAAAUGUCUUUACAGGAGACAUUUUUCUCUCCAUACAAAUUGAGUGUCAUUAUUAAGGAAACCCUUAUGAAUCCUGAAAGUUAUGCUAGCAUGAUUUUUUUAUAUAUAGAAGUUUUAAAAUAAACCAAGUCAGGUUUGUAUAUGUAAAAUUGUUGACAUCAAUGAUGUCUUUCCAUAUUCUUAUCUGGGCUUAAGAAAUACAUUCUGUAUUUUUCCAGAUUCUUUGUAGCCUUUGAAAGAUUUUUACAGUACAUAUGUCUUGACUGAGCUGUCCUUUCUUAAUACAAAAGCUUGUAUAAUUUUCUUAACUUGUACAGUUGGUAAACUUUUAUGAGAGGAAUUGAUAUUCUAAGUCUGUCAGCUUUCAUUUUAUUUUGCUAAGGUUUUUCUAAUGAAUUUUUAAGUGUUUGUGUAGUUAACUAAGUCAUGUUUCUUAUCCAGGUGGUAAAAGCAUUCAUAAAGGAUUAUGAAAAUUUGUUUUUCAAAUUUCUACUUAAGAAUAAAUAGUUUGAAAAUUCUGAAAUUAAGCAUGAUACUUAGAUUGGCUCAGUUUGUUUUGCAUUUGCUAUAAUUUUCAAAAUUAUUUUUAAGCAAAACAAAGGUUUGUUGUCAGCUUAAGUGCUUAAAUGUGUUGCGCUGACUAGAAUCCUGUUCAGUUGUUUUUUAUGCAUUGUAAUAUUUCCCAUUAAAUCAACAGAAGGGGAAAGGUCAAGUGAUAUUUAGAUAUUGGCACACCCAAGUAAAAACUGUUGGCAGACAACAGUAAUUGAUUUUAUCAGGAGAAAGUGAUGGAGUUUGAGGAGUUUUCAGACUUUUCCAGGUAUAAGCCAGUUUUUCAGAUUUGGUAAUGUUUUUUCAAAAAUGAAAAUCAUUGCUGUGUGUGAAUAGGAUUAUCCAUGUUUAUAGCCUUGUGUUAAGGGUGCCAUUUUAUUUUUAGUGCAAAAUUCUUGUUAAAAAGUGUAGUUUUAUACAGCUGAUAGACCAACCUAUAUCCAAACUUUUAUAAAAGAUUAUUAACUAUUCUUUUCUUAAACAGGCAUAACUCCAAAUGCUUCUUCUAAUUCAUUUUCAGCCAUCAGUUCAAGAGCCAAUGCCUUUUUAAAAGAAAUCUGUGGUCUUGUUUUUAAGGGCGCAGCUGUCUAAUGUUGAUGGAGUAGAGGCACUGAGGAAUGAUCAUGUAGGCCUUCACCCCACAAAGUAUUACCAUCACAUUUGUUCAGACUGCCCCCUUCUCAAACAGUGUUAAAAGCCACUUUACAACACUUGACUUCAUGUAGUGUCCUUUCACUCUUGUUACAUAAUUAUCCAAGUAAAUCAUUUAAGUUUUGAGUGGAAGUGUUGGGAAGCAUGAGUUUUUCGUUUUUAUUUUACUUAAAACAUUAAUUUAUCCAGAAUGGCAGUAGCUUUAGCAUAUGGUCCCAAUCCAUAUAAUCCAGGUGUUUUUUUUUUUUAAAUUGAUUUUGCUUUGGUUUU